CUCGCUCCUUCCCACUUCUUGCCCAGACACUGGGCGGCGCCGCAGUGCUGGCAGAGAUGAGUGCCUCAGCGCGCCUGGUGCGUCUCCUCACCAAGAGGGAACACCUGCUGUGGGCUGAGAGGGUCAAGCCACACCUGCCUCACUGUGUUACGGUGCACAACAACCUGGUGCAGCACGGAAAGGGCCUGGUCUGUCAUGCCACCUUCUACGUGCUGCGGGACCGGCCACACUCAGUCACCGUACUGUUCAGGAAUGAGAUAAUCCCAAACACACAAUACAUCGGAGUGUUCUGCCUGAAGGAGGAAGUUGGCACUCUUGUAGAAGCCGUGAGGUCUUCACCCGUGAUUGACUGGGAGGACGCGAGGAGGACCGAUCUUCUCAUCCAUCACGUCCCUCCCUACGCUGCUGAGCCAUUGGUGGGGCUGAUGCAGGAAAAGGGAGUGAACAUGGGGUUAAAAACUCGCUUCAUCUUCACCUAUGACGCUCACCUGCACCCUUACACGAUCAGGGUACCGGCGGGCUUCCGUGUGUGCAGGCUGGGCAGAGCAGGCGUCCGUCACCUCCUGGAGAAUGCUAAGUACGGUGGAAUACCCCUGGACCUCAUGUACAGGAUGGCAGAGGGCGUGCCUUACAUAGGAGUGUACCAGGACCCAACCAGCACACAGGAGGCGACAGUAGACCCAGAGAACCUUCCUGUCGCUGGAGACGAGGAGAUACCAGUGGCUUGGAAUUGCUCGGGUCUCUCAGGAGAAAUGGCCAAACUGAUAAUAGACGAGAAGUUCAGGAGACGUGGGUUUGGAAAGCUGCUGACGGCGACGUUAGCGAGGCGACAAGCUGCCCUCCUUGGCUUUAUUCCUCAUUGUUUAGUUGAGGAGGACAAUUCUGCCUCUAAAGCAAUGGUAUAUAAUUCUCCUGGUUGGAGGAUGACACAUAAAUGUAUCCGGAUUACUAAAUGUCACGGUUCUUUUUAGCUGAGUCUUGGAGGCUGAGGACCUGCUAUCUUUAUGGUGGUCCUCGAGACUGUAACCUUUCCACCAGGGGCCAAUGGGAAUGAAAUGUGUGUGUGUGUGUGUGUGUGUGUGUGUGUGUGUGUGUGUGUGUGUGUGGUGUUUUCUGUGUUGUGAACCAGCGCCGUGUGGUAUUGCCGCCCUGGUGUAUAGAUAGAUGAAUUCUUUUAUAUAAAUGUAGACUAGGCAAGGGAAGGAGAAGGGCGCAGGAAGUUGUCUGUGGGCUUAACAGUGGUGGGGCUUAACAGUGUUGUUACGUCCCUCAAUUGUCAUAUUUGCUUAGUUCAAUAUAUUUGUUAAGAUAAGUGGUGAUAUUAUUCUGCUAUAUAUAAUUGUUGAUAUAUUUGUAGUAUGAUGAAUAUGAGGCUUUGUUGCAGUGAAGUCAUUUAACGUGCUUUUGGGGAAAUAGAUGCCUGUCUUUUAUGAACAGAGUGAAAGUGAAUCAAAGUGAACAUUACGAGUGAACAAUGAAUAAAUAACGUGAAGGAUAUAUACACUAACAUAACUGCAUUGUAUUUUCCAUUAGGUAUAUUUCUGGAAAUAGUAAAAAAAGUGAAAAAAUGGAACAUAAAACAUAAUGAAUAAAUUGUAUUCCACUUUU